CAAAUGCCAUCCUGGUCUCGUCUACCCACUUCCCUCGGGUCCCUCAUCCCUCCGGAGCCACACUCAACAUGCGUCUCCCUCCCUGCCUGGUCAGACGUACACGGCAUCGCGCUCGAAGACCCGAAGGUUCUCGGACAGCUAAAGAUGACAUACCCGAGGAUGUGGAUUCAUGAGAGCAUCGUCAAGCUCGCAUCCAUCUUUGAACAAAAAUACGCCACCUCUCCCUCCGAACGCGCCCUCCUCCUCCCGUCCUCCCACCUCGCCUCCCUCUCCCAAAAAUGGCUCAUCGCAAACGCCUUUUCCUCUAAUAAUACGUCAAAAUCUACCACCGCCACCGCCACCGCGUCUCCAGCUGCUCGCCUCCUCUCAUCCGAACAAAACCAGCUCCUUCCAGCCUCCAGCUACCCCGAGGUUCAAGUCUACGUGGUGAUGGUACAGGAGCAAUAUUGGACACUCGCCAUGAGUCUCUGGACGCAUUGUGGGUUUGGGGUGAGCAGUCGGUUGGUGGAGCGGUAUUUGACGUUGUUGGAGGCAGAGGAAGAGGAACAGAAGCAUGAGCAGGAGGGAUUCCGGUUGUUGGAGAAGGGAAAUGUGAAAGCGAAGAGGAACGGAAAUGCGCGCGCUACGAACGGGAAUGGACAUCUAUCGAACGGUCAUGCCUUCACCAACGGCGAUGCAGCUAACAUCAACCAAUCCAUUGACCCAACGCACCCCUUCUUCAACACCUCCGCCACCUCCGGCGCCCUCAUCUCAGCCGGCACGGAAGCUAAAACCGUCAUUCGUAGCCGUAUCGCCUCGUUCGCGUCCUCCGAGUCGAAUCCUAUCGAUCCCGAAGACGUCUUUCUGUUUCCGAAUGGGAUGAUGGCGGUGUGGAGUGCGCAUAGGUUGGUUAUGGAGAGUAUGGGUGAGGGCAGGAGCGUAUGUUUUGGGUUCACGUACUGCGAUACUAUCAAAUUCCUUCAGGAAUGGGGACCGGGCUGUAUCUUCUACCCGGACGGUUCAGAGUCCGACAUCGACGCACUCGAAGCACUGCUCGAGCAGCAGCACCUCAACGCCGAUACUCCGGCCGCUCCUCCCAUAAAAGCCCUCUUCACCGAAAGGCCCUCCAACCCCCUCCUCCGCACCGCCAACCUCCCCCGCCUGCGCGAACUCGCGGAUCGGUACGGCUUCGUGGUCGUGGUGGAUGAUACGGUCGGAAGCUGGGUGAAUGUGGAUGUGAUGACGCCGGGGUAUGCGGAUGUGGGGGUUUGUAGUUUGACGAAGUGGUUUAGUGGGCGGGCGAAUGUCAUGGGCGGGAGUUUGAUCCUCAAUCCAUCCUCGCCACACCACGCCCUCUUACGUUCGACCAUGCUCAAUACGACCAAAAAUCCCUCCGAUAUCCCCUCUUCGGACAUCUUCUUCCCCACCGAAGCCCUCGUCAUGGAAUACAACUCGCGCGACUACCUCCCCCGUAUGCGUAUCCUCAAUCAUCGUGCUGCGGUCUUGGUUGAGUUCUUGAGGCGCAAGAUGGAGAUGGAGGGGGGAAAUGGGGUUAAAUGCGCAGGCGUGAUCAAGCGCGUUAUGUAUCCCGAUUCACAAACGACGGAGAACUACGAGCUUUGUCGGCGUCGAUAUCCUCUCGUAUCUCACCCCUCCAAUUGCCCCCUUCCCUCCGACGCCCCAUCCUCCCUUUCACACCCGAACAAAGGACAAUACAAAAUCGAACCAGGCUACGGUCCCCUCCUCUCACUCCUGUUCCACACACCCGCACAGGCACGCACGUUCUACGACGCUCUCAAGAGUCCGAAGGGAACGUCGUUCGGGACGCCGUUUAGUAUGACUUUACCGUAUGUUUUGAUCGUUUAUGGGGGUCAGUCUAGUGGAGAUGUGGACUCGGUUCAGGGAGAAGGGGACGGCGGAGGGAAGGAAGAGAAGCAGGAUUUGAGGUGGGCGGCGGAGAGGGGGAUGGAGGAGGGGUUGGUUAGGGUUUGUGUGGGGUGGGAGGAUGAGUGUGAGGGGGGAGUGGAGGAGGAUGGGAUGGAGCUGGUUCGGGAGUUCGAGAGGGCGUUGAGGGUCGUUGAGGAGAUGGAGGUGGGUGGGAAUGCGUGGAAGGUGAAUGGCGAGGCGAAGGUGAAGGUGAGUGGGAAUGGGCAUGCGAGUACGAAUGUUGCUUGAGGGGACGAACUGUUCUUGUCGUGAAGGCCUUAAUAAUACUU